AUGCUUGCAGCAGCCUGGCAGGGUAAAAAUACCAUCACUGUUGUGGAGAUUCCGAAGCCCCAAGUCAUCAAUGCAUCCGAUGUUGUUGUUAAAGUGACCGGCACCACCGUCUGCGAUAACGAUCUACUUUUAUUUAACGGCACACUUUCAGAAUUACAAAUAGGCGACGUGUUAGGCCAUGAGUGCUGUGGAAUCGUGGAAAGCAUCGGACCGGAUAUCACCAAGGUCGAGAAAGGCCAACGCGUCAUGGUGUCUUUCCCACUGGCAUGUGGGAACUGCAAAAGAUGCAAGAUGCAGUUAUACUCCCACUGUGAAAAGGCAAGCGAAAAUUGUAUCACCAAUGCGUCGAAAGGCACAAGAGCCGUAGGGGGUUUCGACUACUCUCACUUUGCCGGUGGUUUCGUUGGGGCCCAGGCUGAGUUUGUACGGGUUCCUUACGGCGAUGUUAACCUGCUGCCGAUUCCCGACGACGUGUCUGACGAGAAAGCUCUGUAUCUUUCCGAUGUCAUAGGGACUGCGUGGCAUUGUGUUGCCGACACCGGAAUCCAAGCAGGCGAUGUAGUUGUUGUUUGGGGCGCAGGCCCAGUGGGCCAGAUGUGUGUUGAUUUCGGUUUCUUCAAUGGUGCUAGUCGAGUUAUACUCAUUGACGGCGGCGACACCGCUUGGAGACUUGGAUAUGUCAAGUCCAAGAUUCCCGAAGUCGAGACUCUCGAUUUCACAGGCCUCCCUCAUGACAAAUCUCUAUCUUCUCAUUUGGUAAAGAUCAUUGGUGGAGAGCCGGAUGUUUUUCUCGAAUGUGCAGGUGAAGGACUUAUCCAGCACUUGGGAGUUCAUUCCAACGCACUGCUCGAGGACAAGACAAACACCCCUGAGGUUCUCAAUGGAAUGAUCAACGGUCUGAGGCCCUUCGGACGAGUAGGAAUUUCGGGGAUCUACGCAGGCUUUACAAACCAUUUCGACAUCGGAUCGCUCAUUCGAACAGGGGCUCGACUCAUUGGAAACGGCCAGGCUCCUGUGCAGAAGUACUGGGAGGGAUUAUUGGAACUCGUUGAACAAUAUGAAAUUGACCCGCUCCAUAUGGUGAGCCAUAGGUACCGUCUGGAAGAUAUUGACAAGGUAUAUGCUCUCUUGAGCAGACAUGAGAAGGGUGUUCAGAAAGUCUUCUUGCAGACGAGAUAUUCAGUGUCUCCAUCACCGGGCAGACCAGCCCUGACUGUGCUUUAA